AUGCUGCGAUACGGUCUUUGCUGGCUGGGGUGGGCCCUUGCCGCCCUGGCGCAGUUCCAGAGCUUCUCGCCCCCUGGCCACAAUGAGAUCACCUACAGCAUCAACAUCCCCCAGAAGACUGCCGACUCUGGUUCGGGCCCCAUAUAUUUCCAGCUGAAUUCCACUCGCUCCGUGGAGUGGUUUGCACUGGGCCAGGGGAGACAGAUGCGAGGCGCCAACAUCUUCGUGGUGUAUACUGCUGGCGACAACGUGACUGUCUCUCCACGUCUGGGGAAAGGGCACGUCGAGCCGCUGUAUAAUAAAGACGCUCGCGUCACGGUCCUCAACAGCAGCGGGGUCCACGAUGGCGUGAUUACUGCCAAUGUGCGAUGUGACAGCUGCAUCACUUGGAACGGGGGCAACGAAGACGUGACCAGCUCCUCGAGCUCGUGGCUCUGGGCCGUCAAGUAUGGCCGGCCACUCAAUUCCAACAGCGAGUCGGCUGAUAUUGUCCGCCAUGACGACAUGGGCGUUUCGUUCUUCGAUCUCAAGCAAGCAACCGGCGGCAGUUCGGCGAACCCGUUCCUGGACCUCCAAAGCCAAACAUCCGAUGCAAGCGCCGGGCCUGGAUUUGACCUCAACACUUUUAAACGCAAAAAGACGGCGCAUGCGGUCCUGAUGAUCCUCGCUUUCGUGGUGUUUUUCCCCGUCUUCGCCUUGGCCCUUCGGAUUCUGCCCUCAUCGCUGGCCCUGAGUCUCCAUGCGAUUUCGCAAAUCACGACCGUGGCAUUGAUUCUUGUUGGAUUUGGGCUGGGGAUUUCAAUGGCCGACGACAUUGGUCGAUUCAAUCACUACCAUCCCAUCAUUGGUAUCGUGGUUGUGGGGACAUUGGUUCUGUUCCAGCCGGCCAUGGGGAUGCUGCAGCACCUGCAUUACCGCAAAACCGGCGAAAAGGGCCCCUUUGCGUAUGGACACCGAUGGCUAGGUCGAAUCAUCAUUGUUUUGGGGAUUGUGAAUGCUGGACUUGGGUUCAAAAUGGUCGGCAUCGAUACCGCAGAGGCGCCGCGGGGGGCGGUGAUCGCCUACGGGGUGGUGGCGGGAGUCAUUGGGGUGGUUUAUCUGGUGGUGAUCGGCCUACUAAGCCGCAACCGUCGAUACCUGCAUCGCAAAUCGCUUCACGACAAACCCACCGUCCACAUUACCUAUGACGAAGGCAUCCAAAUCGUUCGCCAGUUCCUGUUCUAUGCGUCGAAACAUCCAGUCGAGGAUCUCCAGGCAUUUACCCGCCAGUCGGUACCCAGUCCGCACUGGGUGAGGACCGAGGCUGUCACUAUCCCUGCGGAGCAUCUAUCAGAAGCCGCCAAUGUUGUUUCCAAGCAACUCGGGCGCGAUGGCAUUGUUCGCGUCGGCGGCGAGAAGUGGUGGCAAUGGCGCGGGCCGUCCGAGGGUCUCAAGGGGGAGUGGAUUGAGAUGCGCAGCCACUACAAUCAGAACAAGAAGGAAAACCAGCGCAGCAACCGAGUUAUGCUGUACCUGCAUGGCGGGGCAUACUUUUUCGGGAGCGUGGAUACGCAUCGGUAUAUGAUGCAGCGCCAUGCGCGCAAGCUCAAAGGUCGCGUCUUCGCGCCGGAUUAUCGGCUGGCACCGCAGUUCCCCUUCCCGUGUGGCUUGCAUGACUGCAUGGCGGCCUAUCUGUGGCUGUUGAAGACCUACCAGCCGAAUGAAAUUAUUCUUGCAGGCGAUUCCGCGGGUGGAGGCAUGUCCCUGUCGAUGAUGGAAUUCCCCCUCCCGGCGGGCGCCAUUCUGAUCUCGCCCUGGGUCGAUCUAACCCACUCUUUCCCGAGCAUUGUCGAGGAUAACCCUGGCGAUUAUAUCCCUCCCUAUGGGUUCAGACACAAGCCCUCUACGGCAUGGCCUCCGCCGAAUGCCGAUGAGAUCCUGGAUAUCAAAAAGAUGUCUCGCAAGGAGACGGUCACCACCAAAGAUGUUGAGAAAGCUAUUCCUGCCCCCAACAGCGCGGAAGAAGAGACCGCGGUUCGUGGCUACACGGUCCACGAGAAGGAGGUGCCUACCGCCCAACCUGCCUACCCGGGCCAGCAGCAGAACCCUGAUCCUGCCACUGUCCAAACCGAGCCCGAUAAUAUCCACGUGGUCUUGGAUGGCAAGACGGUCGAGCUCAAAGAUCAGAUUCAAAUGUACGCGACCAACCAGCUUAUUUCCCAUCCCCUUAUAUUGGGCGGCGGCGGCGAGAGACUUCGCGACGAGCAGUUCUAUGUGGCUCAUAAAGCGGCCGAUCCGACGGCAUACCCGCCCAGUGACGUGUACCUCGAUCAAUACGAUCCGGAUCGGGGGACAUUGAACAAGUAUGGGCCCACCUAUGUGCAACUGCAGGUGUGGGACGACCUGUGUCAUGUGGCCCCGACUCUCAGCUUCACGCGUCCCGCCAAGUACAUGUUCCGUGCUAUCUCACAAUUUGGGUCUUGGGCCCUGGCUCGAGCCCAGAGUUCCGAGGUUGAGAUCGUGGAUGAGAGUGUUGUUUCGCCCGUUUCAUCCAGUAGCUCCGAUGACUCGGGAACGGUGAAUCCUGGAUCCGAGUCAAAGAAGUCAACCGAACCUACGGGUACUCCAUCUGUCGGUGUAGCUGGCGAUCCCUUGCCGCCUUUCUACAAACACAUGCUCCGCCAGCGAGUCGACAAACGUGGGCACGUCUACCAGCUUGAUCCGCCUUCGGCCUAUCCGGUGCUAGAUAUUCCCCCAGCCAAGGUCGGCGCAAUUAAUCCCGAGCUCAUCCGAAAAUGGCUCGCCGCAAAGGGAGAGUGGGACGUGAAAUUUGCCAAAGAGAAGCUUCGAGUCCAGAGCCGUCGCAUCGAGGAGAUGUCCCAUGGAUUCCAGGAUUUCGAGGGCGAAUGCCCUCCCGCGAGCUCCCUUGCCGCCCGGCGUGCUGCUCCUGGCGUGUUACCGCCGUCGCACGCGAAGAAGAAUUACGGUCUGAUGCUUUGGAGUGGGUGGGGGAGCAAGCACGAUGAGCGGACUAUGGAAAGGGAACGGGAGGUACAACAAUCCGGGCGGCGCUCCACCCGCACCAGCGUCGACGCCGGCCAGGCUGGCUCAUGGUCCAGCAAACCGUCCAAGGAUGGACGGCAGGAUACAUUUUCCAGCAAAGACGGGGAAUCCAAUGGCAAAUCCCAGUCUGCUACGGACCAGCACCAGUCCGGUACCAGCACAGUCACCUGGGAUACCGCUAGUGAAAUGAAACAGCCGGCUGCGGAUCUCCCGGGGCGGACAUCUGUCGACCCUGAUUCCGUAUCUACUCGGCCUGUGUCGGAGAAGAGUGCAGGCCCAAUCCUCGUGCUGCCGGAGGUGGACAAUCGAAAGCUCACCGACGAUAGCGCGAGCACGCGGGCCCUUUUCCAUGCCGCGGGGACCCUCCCGAUGAAGUCAGACGCGUCCUUGGCCCACAGCAGAUACCGGCCCGAGUCGGCUGCCGGGUCAAUGGCCGGACGCAGUGAGUUUAUGUCCGACACGGCCAGUACUGUCGGUGGCGACAAGGACUCUGUGGCCGGCUUUGGUACAGUACCCGAUGUUGCUAGUACGCGUGCUGUGAUCGGCGCGACGGGCGUCGUUGGCAUUGUUCACCCCAACGACAGCGGGCGCAUUUCGACAGAUACCUUGUCCGUGCCAGGUGGUCGAAGCUCUACCUCGCGCCGUCCUGAUAUGCCCGACCGAGACGUGUUCAAAACGGCCGAAGAACACCUAUAG